AUUUUUAAGAAUAGACGAGGUGGCAGAAUUCAGAAGAUUUAUUACAUAUCAUUUGUGAUGAAAACGUAGAAAGCAUCACAGUAGCGUGUUUUCUUGCAAUCUGCUCCGAUGUCGUAGAGAGAGUGGCUGUCACGGAUGCAUCCCUGUGUUUGGAAGAGACACUGUGAGAGACAAGCUUUCCUUGCCUGACAGCAGUGGUGAAGGGAACCAGAGCUGUUUCCGUAUGAUUUGUAGCAAUGGACACUUAACAGCUGACAGCAUGUGAACACACUGAUUGAGCCAGAUCAGUUUCUGUUUGAUUAUAUAAUAUACCUAUGCUGAUAAUACCUGACAAACAGUGUUUCAGCUAGUGUAACCAGUUAUGGUCAAGCAGGUAGGUUUGCUGGCUGCAGGCUGCCAGCCGUGGAACAAUGACGUCUGUGCUGCCAGUGAGGAUCUUUUUGCUUAUUGUGCUACCCUUGCUGUCUACAUUUACCAGAGGGAUAAGUUCAAUGAGUACAGCCUACAUUCCAUCAUGUCAGAACAUAAGAAAACCAUUACGUCCAUUGGCUGGAAUCCUCGUAACAAGGACCAGUUUGUGACAGCAGGGGUAGACAACCAAGUGAUCGUGUGGGAUGUUGUUCAACAGCGGGUGUUGGGCCGCCUUCAGACAUCGAAAGAGACACCGCGGACUGUGGGUUGGUGCUCUCAGGAACCAGACACAGUUGCGUUCAUGGGGGCGUGUGGCCCGUUGGUUAUCUGGAAGUACAAGCAGGGAGAGGGCACAACAUCCUGUGUUAAAGACUCCCACAACUUCAUGUCAGAAGUCUGUCAACAUCGGUGGCAUCCAAAGAAAACUGGCAGGAUUGGAUUUGGUCACCAAGAUGGAAGCAUUUCUGUUAUUAAUCUAGGUCAGAAGAGCCACAAGCACCUGCUCCAGCCUGACACAGGGGAGGCUUAUGAAGAGGACAGGGUGACAGCUCUGGAGUGGGACCCUCUCUCCCUGGACUACAUACUCGUGUCUAACCUCCAUACCGGGGUGCGACUGCUCGACACCACCGCCCCCUCUGUCAUCAUGACCUUCCAGCUACCCAGCGCUGCCGCCCAUGUGCAUACUCUCUCCUGGAUGCCCAAUGCCCCAGGCAUCUUCAUCACAGGAGACAGCCACUCUGGGGUGCUAAGAGUGUGGAACGUCUCCAAAUCUACACCCCUGGAGAACUUGAAGCUGAAGAAGACAGGUUUCCACUGUCUGUACAUGAUCUCAGAAGACCAAACAGCGCCCCUGGAGCCAGGCCUGGCCUCCAAAUGUCACUUGUCCCCAAAAUCUCACCUGUCCUCCACAAGCGUGGCUGUGGCCCCCUCAUCUUCUAACAGUUCUCAUCUUGCCCUGCCUCCCACUAACGUUGUCUGUACCUUCCUAGAUGGUGGUGUAGGUCUCUAUAACAUGGGACACAGAAAGUGGAAGUUUUUAAGGGAAAAGGGUCACAUGGAGACUAUCUUUGACUGUGAGUUUAAACCGGAUGACCCUGAUAUUCUGGCCACAGCUAGUUUUGACGGAACAAUAAAGGUGUGGGAUGUCAACACUCUGACUGCAAUUAAUACCUCUCCUGGUAAUGAGGGAGUCAUUUACUGCAUCUCCUGGGCCCCAGCCGAUCUCAACUGUGUUGUGGCUUGUACUUCAAAACAUGCUGUCUUCAUAUGGGACAUUGGCAGAGGCAAAAUAGCAAAAAGAUUUUUAGAGCAUGGUAGAGCCAGUGUGUAUUCUGUAGCCUGGAGUAAGAAGGAUUCGGGAAGGAUCAUGUCCUGUGGAGCAGAUGGCUAUUGCAUAGUUCGUCAGAUAGAUGGCACGUUGAUUCAGAAGUACAAACAUCCAGGUGCUGUAUUCGGCUGUGACUGGAGUCCACAUAACAAAGAUAUGCUGGCCACAGGUUGCGAAGACAAGAAUGUGCGAGUGUAUUACCUAGCUACCAGCCAAGAUCAGGCCUUAAAAGUCUUCUCAGGUCACAGCUCCAAAGUUUUUCGAGUGAGGUGGUCUCCCUUGAGGGAGGGCAUAUUGUGUAGUGGCUCAGAUGAUGGUUCAAUCAGGAUAUGGGACUACACCCAGGAGGCUUGUGUGAAUGUACUCUCCGGUCACACAGCCCCUGUGCGGGGCCUCCUCUGGAACUCAGAAGUACCCUACCUACUGAUCUCUGGCAGCUGGGACUACUCUAUACGGAUCUGGGACACCAGGGAUGGGGCCUGUGUGGACACUGUUCUGGACCAUGGAGCUGACGUCUAUGGGCUGACUUCCCAUCCAUCUAGACCAUUCGUCUUGGCCUCCUCAUCACGAGAUUCAACCGUGCGCAUUUGGUCCUUGACCUCUCUGGUUCAGCCAAUAGAAAUGCACCUCAUAGUUCAGCAUCCUUGGGAGGUUGUCAUUGGGCCAAUAGACCGUGCCAUGUCACAAGGCUCUAUACCGUUGCUCACAGGCAAGGUGUCUAAAGAACUAGUGCAGCAGAUAGACAGGCUACAAGGAAAUGUCUAUUCAAGAACUUUGCGUUUAUUUUCAAAAUUUUUCACACAUCCAGCAGGCACAAGUAACUUGUGGGAGUUAGUCAGUGUGGUGAUGGGCCUGGAUGACAGUCUUCUCUCUACCAACUACAGCAAAGGCAUCAUGCAUGUCCGGCAUCUCUCCAGGGUCAUGGCUUCUGAAGCUCAGCAACUAGAAAUGAUCAAAAUGGCAAAGUUCGGGGGAGGCAUUGGAGCACCAACUAAAGAGGACAGCCUUAAAUCAGCUGCUCAACUCCAUAUUAAACUAGGCAAUAUACAGCGUUACUGUGAACUCAUGGUGGGGCUGGGACAGUGGGAGAAAGCCUUGGCAGUAUCACCUGGGGUAUCUAUGGAGUACUGGACAUCAUUAUCCAAAAGAUAUGCCGACUUCUUAAUUCGAGAAGACAAUGAUAGCGCACUGCCAUUUUGUAUGGCUACCAGGGACACUUCCAAAUUAGUUCACUUUCUCAUCUCUAAAGGGCAAAUGAAGGAUGCUUUGUUGGUAGCCCAGGUGUCUUGUGAAGAUGACAGGGAAAUAUCGCAGACACCAUCAUCAAACUCUGGGAACUGUGUACAUGUGAAUGGAGUGGAAGAACCUUCUCAAGAGAAACUGCAACUUCUGUCCUGGGCUUGUGAGGAGCUAGCAGACUCCUACUUCAGGAAAGGGUGUCCCACCCUUUCAGCGUGUUGUCACCUGGCCAUUAGUGAUACUCAGAAUGCCCUCCGGAAACUGAUCCGUGGCAAUGAACUGGAACUGGCAGCGUCUAUUGGGAAGGUACUAGGAAAAGAAGACUUGUUAACUCACCUGGCUAUUGAGUUCUUGGCACGCAGGUGUGAAGAUUUGGGUAAAUGCUGGCCCAGCUUUAAUGGCAGGGAGCUGGCAGUGGAUAUGUUACAGAUGAUCUCAGAUAAUGACUUACAGCUGGCCCAACUUUGUGCCCGCUGUGCUGCCAGCAUGGAUGAAAUCAACCUUCUGCACAACAAGGCUGGUUUCCCCAGUAUGGAUGAGUGUGCUAUAAAGGCUGAGAAACUACUUGGCCAGGGUGACAUAUUUGGCUGCGUCAAGUUUUACAUCAUGUCCACAACUCCAGAGCAGGGACUGCAGAUUGGCCUUCAAAAGGUCAAAGAAGUGAUGUUACGGGAUGGUUGGAAGGUGGAUGAUGUUGUACCAUUACUCCACAUGAUGGCAGCUGUCAAGACAGAGAAGUUAGUGCACCACACAUUUGAUAGGUGGCGCUCUGAAUUGCUGUGCCUGUGUGCCUACACAGGGGCUCUGCUAGCCAUUAAAAGGCAGUAUGAUGGCAUUGUGGCUGCCCUGUUCCAGCAUGCGCAGAAGAUGGUGAGGAAGGGUAAGGCUGAUGUGCCACUGAGUGAGGAGCUGUUGGAGAAGGAAUGCCAGGCCUGGAUGUCCCACAACACACAGGCUUACACGAGGUCUGGCCCAUCAGGAGAGGCAGCAUCAGUAGACUCUGAUAUUUAUCUGGCACUUAUGGAGAAGGUUGGAGAGGAAAAUUCUCCACUGGGGGCGGGGCCAGACUGUGUGGCCAGUUCUCACCUGCCGUCCCACUCUGAUGUCCAUAUGUCCUACCUGACAGGCAAAAGGAUCCAGGGCCAUGCUUUCUUCUUGGAAGAUGGUAACUCUGCCAUUUCCAUUAAUGAGGCCUUGAUGUGGGCAAAAGUUAACCCCUUCUCACCACUGGGGUCAGGCCUAAGGAUCAACCCGUUCUGAGUGCAUAAACUAUACAUGUUACAUGGCCUACGCACAUUCUGACUCAAGGAUAUGUCACAAGAGCUCAACUUCAAGUCUUUAAUUUGUAGUUAUGUUUGAGAUUAAAAUUAUUAAAAUGUUUUGUUCAAAAAAAGGACGAUGAGUCUGAUAAGGACUUUCAAAUUAAGCAGUGUUCUCACCUGUGUUACACUGUUCUCACCUGUGUUACUUUGAUCUCAUUUGUGUUACACUGUUGUCAUCAGUGUUAUACUGAUCUUACUUGUGUUACACUGUUCUUACCUGUAUUACACUGUUCUUACCUGUAUUACACUGUUCUCACCUGUGUUACACUGUUUUCCCCCGUAUUACAAUGUUCUCACCUCUAUUUCACUGUUCUCACCAGCGUUACACUGUUAUCACCUGUUUUACCUUGGUCUUGAUUGUUUCCUGUAUGGAUAUUAACAUAUGAGGUUUGUCCAGUACAUUGUACAUGUUGACUGCAUGCUCCUCUGCUCAUACAUCUGACUGCUAUCUGCUAAACGUUUUUUGAAACCAUGCAACAAAGCUAGGUGCGUUUUACAGAAAAUUGCCAUUUCAAUUUGUUUUUUGGUUUUUUUUACUUUACAUGAAUUUGCCUAUGCUGUGUUAGCUCUGCAAAAAGCUGUCUGAAUAUAUUCUUAUAUAUUUGUCCUGUUAAUAUGCUUUUCCUGAAGAAUGUAUUUUGUAAAAUAUAUUUGAUGUUCCACCCUUUGGUAAACUUUAGGUUUACUAAAAGUUGGUGAUGUACAAAAAUAUGAAUCUGUGAAUGGUUGUGAGGGUAAUUUGUGAUAACAUGGGUCUGUCAUAGGCUUGUGUUUCACAUUAGCGGUGUAUUUUAAAACCAUAUUUAUCAUUACUGGUAUAUUGUAUGAGAAUAUUUUUGGCAUAUAUUUGCCCAUAAUUUUUUCAUAUGUUUGAAGCAGUGAUAAUUACCAUACUGGUAUCUAGAAUGUUGUGAUGUUCUCUUAAUAGGAUGGGGAACUGGUAAAACUCCUCCCGAUCUGUAUCAAGACGGUCUAGAGCUGUGAACGCUGUUGUUCUUUCCUUUAUUACAUCACAGUUAUCCGUUAUAUGUGCUUAUGAAACACAUGUGAAGCACACAAGCACUACAAGGUCACCGAAGAUGCGUUUUUUGGACAUUUGUACUCGUCCUCGAGUCUCUCAUUGUACCUUGGUCCUGUUCUUUAUUGGGAUGUAAAAGUGUAUGUGGUAGAUUGUACAGAUUUUCUUGAUUUAUGUGUGUUUUCUGAUGUUUAUGUAUACAAACUUAUUGCCGUCCGUUGUCAGGAUCAAUGUAAAGCUUAUUAGCGUUCAGGUUUCAUGCACACAAAACAUGAAAAGGUUAAAUAUCAAUACGGCUGCUAGAAUGCAGCUUGUUGUAAAAUGCUCCCAGUGGCACUAUUUUAUUUUCAAGUUCUGAUGCAGAAUUAAGUUUUUUGUGUCGUUCAAUGGCUUGCCCAUUGACGAUAGCUACUAGAAUUAUUAUUUCCGUGACAGCAUAAUGUACAUGAAUAGCUUUAAUUGCGUAUAGUUGAAAAUAAAACCAUGUUCAACGGAGAAUAGUUAGCUUUGAUGUUAAUAAUGGGCUCAUUUUGUGUUUAAGUCCCACAAGAAAAACGUAAUGGAAGUUUACAACAUUUGUAUUCUGUGAAGGUUAGACAUUCCAAGGUUCUUGACAUAAGUGAAAUUUUAUUUUUAUGUAUUUUUUUUGCUUAUUUAUUCAUGUAUGUAUUUAUUUAUUUACCAGAUGUAAAUUUCAGUUAGAUGUACAAAGUAUUUUUAUAUUAUUGGAAGUUACUUUUAAUUUAAGUAAAAUUGCUAUUUGCAUGGAGAAUAGUUGACUAUCUCAAGUUUUAUUGAAGAACUUCAAUCCAGGGGUCUCUUGUAGAUGGCUUGUAUUGUUAUAGUCUGUCAGUGUGCAUUGCUUUCUGUAAAGUAAGAAGGAGUGGUGUACACACUGUGACUGACAACAAUGUCUGGUGAUGCAAAUUAUCAUCUUACUCACUCAGUUGUUCAUGAUUCAGCAGGUCACAGUUGUGAAGUAAGUUAUAGUGAAUUAAUCCUGAGGAUUUGAGUGCUCCUGUGAUAUACAUUCCCUUGUUUUGUCAGCUUUGCCUUUAACAUGGAAAGCUAUUUGCUCAGAUAUGCACAUUUUUAACAGUUGCUUCGUCCAUUCUCUAGCUGUUUUGACUCAUUCUGAAUGACCAGUUAUUUAUUAGUUAAUAAACAGAUCUAACUCUCUUCCUGCCA